AUGGCAUCGAGUGAAGAGCUUAGCGGACCCAAUACAGAUUAUCACGAACCAAAAAAAGGCUCUCCCCGCUUGACUAUCUAUGAGCUCUACCAAGCCGAACAAUACAAACCACAGGAGUUAUUCGAAUUUAAACAAUAUGUCAAAAUCAUUCAAUUUGCUGAAGCUGUGUGCUCUGGUACUCAUCCUCGAUUUGGCGUUUCCCCUCAAUCUGACCCUGGAGCACACAUGACGGACGCGGAAGCUUCCAAGGAGGUGGAUGUUGAGUUCAAGAAGAUUGGCUUUGAAGAGCUCAAAACUUCGAAAGGGUUGAAACCCAUGCCAGAAGCAGACAAAAAGACGAGAAAGGAAGGAUACGCUGAACAGAUUAUAAUAGACGCAGAGGAUCUGCAUGGAGCUCGAUAUGUCCAUGAUCUAGACAUGGACUAUUAUGAGGUUUUAUCGUUGUAUUCAUCUGCCUCCACUGAGGACAUAAACAAGGCCUACUCUGAGUUGAAGUCCGAUGAAGGGAAAAUGAAAAUUUACGAAAAAGAACCGACAAGUCUACGAAACAUAAGACAAAAAUGGAUCAACAUCCAGCGUGCAUUCAUUACACUAUCGGAUCACGACAGGAAGUGGAGCUACGAUAAUGAUAGAAAGAAGCGCCUGACAGACUGUGAGCGAAGAGAUCAAAAACCGAACGAGCCCACAGCACAAAUUCAGUUCGCUGCCUUUCGCGAGGAAGUAGUUCGUUCAAUAGGAGUGCCUCAUCCUGAUGACCCUCCCGAACCAUAUAACGAAGAUUUCUUCAAAAGUGUCGCCAAAGGCAUUAUCGUCGAGGAGAAAGACAUAAACUAUGAUUCAAACUAUUAUCAUGAUCUGGGUGCUAACGACACAGAGAAGAGCUCAUCGUGGAAUGGAGUCAUUAGUAAAAAUCACCUCGGGAGUCUCUUGCGAAGUAUCGCUCAUGACUAUAUCCUUAAUCUCAGACAUGCUAAAAAUCAGAAUGCUAUGGACAAGGUGCGCUCCGAAUGGAACCAGAAAUUAAUCUCUUACAUGAUACUGAAGGAUGAGAAACUUCGUAAGAGAUACAAUGAGCAAAAUAACAGCCAUAAGCUCUACGAACAUUUGCAAAAGGAACAUGAUUCCAAAGAACUUGAAAGAGUCCACAACUCACUGGCUCUAGUAUCAGAGAAGAUGGAGCUUCAUGGCAAGAGUGUUAGUUUGCAGCCAGCUACUACAGGCAAUUCCUUUCGAAGACUAUCCACAGAGACGGACAAUGCUUUUAUGGAGGAUGUCUCGGAUGAUGGAGCUAGUGCUUCUGAUAUGGUGACUAGAGUGGAACAAAAUACAGAGAUAGGUGACUCAGUGGUUAUUACAUCCGCUGAAAAGGUCAGCGAUCGUAUUCAAGUAAAUCACCCCACCAUCACUGACCGUAUUCCCGAAUUGAUGUCUCAAGCCUUUUCCAUUAGUAAAGUCUCAAUACAAAACAAAUCCAAUGUCAUCGACUGGCUCACUAAUAUCUUCUACAUUGCAAAGAAAACUAUCGCAAGCUCGGGAAACUCAAGCACAACGCGCAGCUCAAGAAAAGAAGGCCCAAUCAAAACCUUCGGUUCAAGUAACAGAGCAGAGAGCCAAAUUUCUGAAGGAAGCUCGAACCCAACAUCCAGCCGUUCAAGAUCAAGUACCCAAGAUUCAUCAACAGGCCUUAUUCCAAAAAAACUUAAUACGCAACGAGCCGCUGCACAAAGUGCAGCUUUACAUCGUGCAGAAAUUCAACGGUCUUUGGGCUUAGAUAGAGCUCCUCCAUCUGGUCCUCGAAUUCCGUUAGGUAUGGCUCCUCGCUUGAUGAAAAGUUCAUUGGCACAUGGCUUGAACUCCACCAUGCCUUUGAAGUCCUGUCCACAACUUGGGUUGAAAAUGAGUUCUCCUCCAAUGAUCAAUAACAAUGCUAAGAUUACGGAGUCCCCGUUACAGCUGUCAAAAGGCAGCGAGCAGCGCCCAGCAAAGAAGAGGCGAAGGGUCGGGGAUAAGGAGUCUGAUGGGAAGAAAGAAAGAAGAAGCGCGGGUAAGGGAGGUGGCAGUGAAAGCGGUAGUGAGGUGAAAUUGCAGGACAAAGGAAGGGUGAAAGAAAAUCGAGGGGAGAGGCUUAAUUUGAAGGAGGAUGGGGAGAUAUUAGAAGAUGAGAGGGAGGGGGAAACAGGAGGUAGACAAAGCGGAAAUGAGAGAAUUAGAAGAGAUAGUGGAGGAAAAAAGCGCAAGAGAAAGCACAGAAAAGAUUCAUGA